AAAGAAGAAGAAGAGUUGGACGCAUGGAGAGAAAAAUCUAUCCUUAACGCAAAGGUUUAUGAGUCUAAAGUUGUAUACAUGUUUUGCACAUGAUUGGACUUGUCCCGGCUACGCAAGGAUUUAAAUGUUAAGCGGACUUUCCAGAUGACCUGAGGAGGGCAGUAAUACGCCGGUGAUGCGUCUAGGCUGCCGCAAUUUUUUAAAAAAGAAGAAGAAGCCGCAUGGGGAGUCUCUGCUGUCUGUCACGCUGGAGAACAGCAGCAGAUCCUGCAGACCACACUGUAAAUGUGUUCAGUCAAACUAAUGGACAGUAAGAAACCUCACGAUGAAGAAAAAAACAAAACCAACAAAAGAAAAACAUCACACUGUUGAUGAGGAGGAUUAUGAUGAUUAUAUUUAUUCAGGAGAUAAAGAAUUUACAAACGUGUUUGGAGCCUUCAGCACUCGGACAGUCACAACACCUGAGUGUUUUGAAAAGCAUUGCUUCAAAAGGUUCUUAUCUCACCAUAUACAGAGAUGUGAAGAGUGAAUCAUGUUGUGAUGGAGAAGGGAUGUCCUCAACAUCAAAAGAGCAACAGACAGCACAAGCUCUUUUCUGCAUUACCUGUGGAAAGACAUUCAGCUCACAGAGACGUUUAGAGAGACAUGAGAGAAAACACACAGAACAGAAAUUUCAUUCAGAAGAGCACAAGGAGAAGAAGAAGGAGGAGUUUCACUGUCAACAGUGUGGGAAUGUUUGCGGCUCUUCCUCUAAUCUGAAUGCCCACAUGAAGACACACAGUGGUAAAAAACGUUUCUACUGCACUGAAUGUGGCAAUUAUUUUAGCUCCAAAGAAAAUCUUAAAGUUCAUCAGAGAGUUCACACAGAAGAAAAAACAUACGAGUGUCCUCACUGUGAGAUGAGAUUCAGAAAAAAAGCCUAUCUGAAGACACACAUGCCUUUACACACCAAUGAGAGAACGUAUGAGUGCAGCAAAUGUGGAAAAACCUUUAGGGAUUCAAGUUCAUUAAAAUCACACCAGAAUAUUCACUCUGAAGAGAAACUCUAUCAAUGUUCACACUGUGAUAAAGUGUUCGGCCAUGAAUCUAAUCUUAUAUUCCAUGAGAGAAUUCACACUGGAGAGAAACCUCAUCACUGUAGUGUUUGUGGGAAGAGUUUUAGGAGUCAGUCAAAAUUUCUAGUGCAUCAGAGAACUCAUUCCGAAGAGAAACCUUUCAAAUGCUCUCAGUGUGACAAGACAUUUACUCAACUAGAUUUCCUGGAGGCCCAUGAGAGAGUUCACACUGGAGAGAAACCUCAUCACUGUAGUGUCUGUGGGAAGAGUUUUAGGAGUCAGUCAAAGUUUCUAGUGCAUCAGAGAACUCAUUCUGAAGAGAAACCUUUCGAAUGCUCUCAGUGUGACAAGACAUUUACUCAACUAGAUUUCCUGGAGGCCCAUGAGAGAGUUCACACUGGAGAGAAACCUCAUCACUGUAGUGUUUGUGGGAAGAGUUUUAGGAGUCAGUCAAAAUUUCUAGUGCAUCAGAGAACUCAUUCCGAAGAGAAACCUUUCAAAUGCUCUCAGUGUGACAAGACAUUUACUCAACUAGAUUCCCUGGAGGCCCAUGAGAGAGUUCACACUGGAGAGAAACCUCAUCACUGUAGUGUCUGUGGGAAGAGUUUUAGGAGUCAGUCAAAGUUUCUAGUGCAUCAGAGAACUCAUUCUGAAGAGAAACAUUUCGAAUGCUCUCAGUGUGACGAGACAUUUACUCAACUAGAUUUCCUGGAGGCCCAUGAGAGAGUUCACACUGGAGAGAAACCUCAUCACUGUAGUGUCUGUGGGAAGAGUUUUAGGAGUCAGUCAAAGUUUCUAGUGCAUCAGAGAACUCAUUCUGAAGAGAAACCUUUCGAAUGCUCUCAGUGUGACAAGACAUUUACUCAACUAGAUUCCCUGGAGGCCCAUGAGAGAGUUCACACUGGAGAAAAACCUCAUCACUGUAGUGUCUGUGGGAAGAGUUUUAGGAGUCAGUCAAAGUUUCUAGUGCAUCAGAGAACUCAUUCCGAAGAGAAACCUUUCGAAUGCUCUCAGUGUGACAAGACAUUUACUCAACUAGAUUCCCUGGAGGCCCAUGAGAGAGUUCACACUGGAGAGAAACCUCAUCACUGUAGUGUCUGUGGGAAGAGUUUUAGGAGUCAGUCAAAGUUUCUAGUGCAUCAGAGAACUCAUUCUGAAGAGAAACCUUUCGAAUGCUCUCAGUGUGACAAGACAUUUACUCAACUAGAUUCCCUGGAGGCCCAUGAGAGAGUUCACACUGGAGAGAAACCUCAUCACUGUAGUGUCUGUGGGAAGAGUUUUAGGAGUCAGUCAAAGUUUCUAGUGCAUCAGAGAACUCAUUCUGAAGAGAAACCUUUCGAAUGCCCUCAGUGUGACAAGACAUUUACUCAACUAGAUUCCCUGGAGGCCCAUGAGAGAGUUCACACUGGAGAGAAACCUCAUCACUGUAGUGUCUGUGGGAAGAGUUUUAGGAGUCAGUCAAAGUUUCUAGUGCAUCAGAGAACUCAUUCUGAAGAGAAACCUUUCGAAUGCUCUCAGUGUGACAAGACAUUUACUCAACUAGAUUCCCUGGAGGCCCAUGAGAGAGUUCACACUGGAGAGAAACCUCAUCACUGUAGUGUCUGUGGGAAGAGUUUUAGGAGUCAGUCAAAGUUUCUAGUGCAUCAGAGAACUCAUUCUGAAGAGAAACCUUUCGAAUGCCCUCAGUGUGACAAGACAUUUACUCAACUAGAUUCCCUGGAGGCCCAUGAGAGAGUUCACACUGGAGAGAAACCUCAUCACUGUAGUGUCUGUGGGAAGAGUUUUAGGAGUCAGUCAAAGUUUCUAGUGCAUCAGAGAACUCAUUCUGAAGAGAAACCUUUCGAAUGCCCUCAGUGUGACAAGACAUUUACUCAACUAGAUUCCCUGGAGGCCCAUGAGAGAGUUCACACUGGAGAGAAACCUCAUCACUGUAGUGUCUGUGGGAAAAGUUUUAGGAGUCAGUCAAAGUUUCUAGUGCAUCAGAGAACUCAUUCUGAAGAGAAACCUUUUGAAUGCUCUCAGUGUGACAAGACAUUUACUCAACUAGAUUCCCUGGAGGCCCAUGAGAGAGUUCACACUGGAGAGAAACCUCAUCACUGUAGUGUCUGUGGGAAAAGUUUUAGGAGUCAGUCAAAGUUUCUAGUGCAUCAGAGAACCCAUUCUGAAGAGAAACCUUUCGAAUGCUCUCAGUGUGACAAGACAUUUACUCAACUAGAUUCCCUGGAGGCCCAUGAGAGAGUUCACACUGGAGAGAAACCUCAUCACUGUAGUGUCUGUGGGAAAAGUUUUAGGAGUCAGUCAAAGUUUCUAGUGCAUCAGAGAACUCAUUCUGAAGAGAAACCUUUCGAAUGCUCUCAGUGUGACAAGACAUUUACUCAACUAGAUUUCCUGGAGGCCCAUAAGAGAGUUCACACUGGAGAGAAACCUCAUCACUGUAGUGUCUGUGGGAAGAGUUUUAGGAGUCAGUCAAAGUUUCUAGUGCAUCAGAGAACUCAUUCUGAAGAGAAACCUUUCGAAUGCUCUCAGUGUGACAAGACAUUUACUCAACUAGAUUCCCUGGAGGCCCAUGAGAGAGUUCACACUGGAGAGAAACCUCAUCACUGUAGUGUCUGUGGGAAGAGUUUUAGGAGUCAGUCAAAGUUUCUAGUGCAUCAGAGAACUCAUUCUGAAGAGAAACCUUUCGAAUGCCCUCAGUGUGACAAGACAUUUACUCAACUAGAUUCCCUGGAGGCCCAUGAGAGAGUUCACACUGGAGAGAAACCUCAUCACUGUAGUGUCUGUGGGAAGAGUUUUAGGAGUCAGUCAAAGUUUCUAGUGCAUCAGAGAACUCAUUCUGAAGAGAAACCUUUCGAAUGCUCUCAGUGUGACAAGACAUUUACUCAACUAGAUUCCCUGGAGGCCCAUGAGAGAGUUCACACUGGAGAGAAACCUCAUCACUGUAGUGUCUGUGGGAAGAGUUUUAGGAGUCAGUCAAAGUUUCUAGUGCAUCAGAGAACUCAUUCUGAAGAGAAACCUUUCGAAUGCCCUCAGUGUGACAAGACAUUUACUCAACUAGAUUCCCUGGAGGCCCAUGAGAGAGUUCACACUGGAGAGAAACCUCAUCACUGUAGUGUCUGUGGGAAGAGUUUUAGGAGUCAGUCAAAGUUUCUAGUGCAUCAGAGAACUCAUUCUGAAGAGAAACCUUUCGAAUGCUCUCAGUGUGACAAGACAUUUACUCAACUAGAUUCCCUGGAGGCCCAUGAGAGAGUUCACACUGGAGAGAAACCUCAUCACUGUAGUGUCUGUGGGAAGAGUUUUAGGAGUCAGUCAAAGUUUCUAGUGCAUCAGAGAACUCAUUCUGAAGAGAAACCUUUUGAAUGCUCUCAGUGUGACAAGACAUUUACUCAACUAGAUUUCCUGGAGGCCCAUGAGAGAGUUCACACUGGAGAGAAACCUCAUCACUGUAGUGUCUGUGGGAAGAGUUUUAGGAGUCAGUCAAAGUUUCUAGUGCAUCAGAGAACUCAUUCUGAAGAGAAACCUUUCGAAUGCCCUCAGUGUGACAAGACAUUUACUCAACAAGAUUCCCUGGAGGCCCAUGAGAGAGUUCACACUGGAGAAAAACCUCAUCACUGUAGUGUCUGUGGGAAGAGUUUUAGGAGUCAGUCAAAGUUUCUAGUGCAUCAGAGAACUCAUUCUGAAGAGAAACCUUUCGAAUGCUCUCAGUGUGACAAGACAUUUACUCAACUAGAUUCCCUGGAGGCCCAUGAGAGAGUUCACACUGGAGAGAAACCUCAUCACUGUAGUGUCUGUGGGAAGAGUUUUAGGAGUCAGUCAAAGUUUCUAGUGCAUCAGAGAACUCAUUCUGAAGAGAAACCUUUCGAAUGCUCUCAGUGUGACAAGACAUUUACUCAACUAGAUUCCCUGAAGACCCAUGAGAGAGUUCACACAGGAGAGAAACCUCAUCACUGUAGUGUCUGUGGGAAGAGUUUUAGGAGUCAGUCAAAGUUUCUAGUGCAUCAGAGAACUCAUUCUGAAGAGAAACCUUUCGAAUGCUCUCAGUGUGACAAGACAUUUACUCAACUAGAUUCCCUGAAGACCCAUGAGAGAGUUCACACUGGAGAGAAACCUCAUCACUGUAGUGUCUGUGGGAAGAGUUUUAGGAGUCAGUCAAAGUUUCUAGUGCAUCAAAGAACUCAUACUGCUGAAAAACCUUACCAAUGCUCUCAAUGUGAGAAGACGUUUACUGAGUCAAGUCAGUUAAAAUCCCAUGAGAGAGUUCACACUGGAGAGAAACCUCAUCAAUGUAGUGUUUGUGGGAGGAGUUUUGGACAGCGUCAUCAUUUAGUGAGACAUCAGAAAACUCAUACAGGUGAAAAACCUUACAAAUGCUCUCAGUGUGACAAGACUUUUACUGAGUCAAGUUCCUUAAAAAAACAUGAGAGAGUUCAUACAGGAGAGAAACCUUACAAAUGCUCUCACUGUGAGAAGACGUUUACUCAGUCAAGUAACUUAAAAAACCACGAGAGAGUUCAUACAGGAGAGAAACCCUACCAAUGCUCUCACUGUGAGAAGACGUUUACUGAGUCAAGUUCCUUAAAAAAACACGAAAGAGUUCAUACAGGAGAGAAGCCUUUCAAAUGCUCUCACUGUGAGAAGACGUUUACUGAGUCAAGUUCCUUAAAAAAUCAUGAGAGAGUUCAUACAGGAGAGAGGCCUUACAAAUGUUCCCAGUGUGAGAAGACAUUUGCUCGAUCAGGUCACUUAAAAAUCCAUGAGAGAAUUCAUACAGGAGAGAAGCCUUUCAAAUGCUCCCAGUGUGAGAAGACGUUUGCUCGAUCAGGUCAGUUACAAAUCCACAAGAGAAUUCAUACAGGAGAGAAGCCUUACAAAUGCUCUCAGUGUGAGAAGACGUUUGCUCAAUCAGGUCACUUAAAAAUCCAUGAGAGAAUUCAUACAGGGGAGAAACCUUACUUCUGUUCUUACUGUGGAAAGAGCUUCGCUGAUCCAAGUAGUUUUAGAGUCCAUAAGAGAGUUCACACUGUAGAGAAACUUCAUCACUGUAGUGUCUGUAGGAUAAGUUUUACGAGUCAGUCAAAGUUUCUAGUGCAUCAGAGAACUCAUACUGGUGAAAAACCUUACCAAUGCUCUCAGUGUGAGAAGACGUUUGCUCGAUCAGGUCCCUUAAAAAUCCACGAGAGAGUUCAUACAGGAGAGAAGCCUUACAAAUGCUCUCAGUGUGAGAAGACUUUUACUGAGUCACGUUCCUUAAAAAUCCAUGAGAGAGUUCAUACAGGAGAGAAGCCUUACAAAUGCUCUCAGUGUGAGAAGACUUUUACUGAGUCACGUUCCUUAAAAAUCCAUGAGAGAAUUCAUACAGGAGAGAAGCCUUGCAAAUGCUCUCACUGUGAAAAGAGCUUCGCUCAUCCAAGAAAUUUAAGAGUUCAUCAGAGAGUUCACACUGUAGAGAAAACUCAUCACUGUAAUGUCUGUGGGAAGAGUUUUAGGGAUCAUUCAAAGUUGCGAGUGCAUCAGAGACUUCAUACAGGUGAAAAAACUUUUAAAUGCUCUUAUUGUGAUAAGAUGUUUGUUUGGUCAAGUCACUUAAAAAUCCACGAGAGAGUUCAUACAGGAGAGAAACCUUACAAAUGCUCUCAGUGUGAGAAGACAUUUGCUGAGUCAAGUUCCUUAAAAAAACAUGAGAGAGUUCAUACAGGAGAGAAACCUUACAAAUGCUCUCAGUGUGAGAAGACAUUUGCUGAGUCAAGUUCCUUAAAAAAACAUGAGAGAGUUCAUACAGGAGAGAAACCUUACAAAUGCUCUCAGUGUGAGAAGACAUUUGCUGAGUCGAGUUCCUUAAAAAAACAUGAGAGAGUUCAUACAGGAGAGAAACCUUACAAAUGCUCUCAGUGUGAGAAGACAUUUGCUGAGUCGAGUUCCUUAAAAAAACAUGAGAGAGUUCAUACAGGAGAGAAACCUUACAAAUGCUCUCACUGUGAGAAGACGUUUACUGAGUCAGGUCGGUUAAAAUCCCAUGAGAGAGCUCAUACAGGAGAGAAACCUUACCAAUGUAGUGAUUGUGGGAGGAGUUUUGGAAGGAGUGAUAAAUUAUUGGGACACCAGAAAACUCAUACAGGUGAAAAACCUUACAAAUGCUCUCAGUGUGAGAAGACGUUUGCUCGAUCAGGUCACCUAAAAAUCCAUGAGAGACUUCAUACAGGAGAGAAACCUUACUUCUGCUCUCACUGUGGAAAACGCUUUGCUAAUUCAAGUUCUGUCAGAGUUCAUCUGAGAGUUCACACUGGAGAGAAACCUUAUUACUGUAGUGUUUGUGACAGGAGUUUUAAGAGUCAUUCAAACUUGCGUGUGCAUCAGAGAACUCAUACAGGUGACAAACCUUUUAAAUGCUCUCAGUGUAAAAAGACGUUUGCUCGAUUAGAUUGCCUGAGGACCCAUCAGAAACUUCAUACUGGAGAGAAACCUUAACACUGUGGAGAGAGAUUUGCUUAUUCUGGAAGUUUUUAGACUCAAGAAGAAACAUGCUGAAGAACAAACUACACUGAAAUCAUACCCUGUCAGGGUAUAUUCGGUGCAAAUGUUCAAUGUGAUAAUGCACUUAAACAAAAACUAUUGAUUUUUAUGAAUGACUUUACAUUAACCUUGGUUAUGUCACGGUAAAAAAAGUGAAGAUUAUUUUCCACAAUUUUGUCAAUUUUCCCUCUUUCGCUCAACAAAUAAACAGGUCGAUCACUGAGAUCUGAGCGUUACCUCACGUUUUUGGAGCUGCUGCUUCUGCAAUUUUAAAGGGUGGGACGGUGGCUCUACAGCACACAAAACUGUAUUGACAGCAAAAACACAAGUCAAGUCAAUUUUAUUUUUUUACACCUUUUCACAAUUGUUCAUUGUUCCAAAGCAGUUGUACGUGAAAUUAAAAUUUAAUUAUUAUUAUUAUAAUUAUAAUUAUUAUUAUUAUUAAUAAAUAAUUUGACACCAAACUGCACUGUAAAAAGUGUUUCUGUGCCUCAGUAGAUUUAAGAAAAAUAAAAACUGUACAAAAAA